UCUGCUUCUGGAGUAGUUAAUGUUCUUCGCUAGAUCCUGUAUUAGCAGAAAUGUUCACACUCGGCAUUUUCAGGGUAUUUCAGAUACAGUGCUGUUUGGCAGGGGGCCAUGUUUCCCUCUACUCAGAAGGACAAAUGGAUGGAGUCGAGAAUGGAUUGUGAAUAAAAACGCCGCUGGGUGUUGCUUAAACCUACUAUCUUAGUGCAUUUGGGCUGUCAUAACAAAAUACCGCAGACUGGGUAGCUUAUAAACCACAGAAAUUUAUUUCUCGCAGUUCUAGAGGUUGAAAGUCCGAGCUCAGGGUGCCAGCAUGGUCCAGGGAAAGCCCUCUUUCAGGUCACAGACUUCUCACUGACUGUGGUGGAAGGCGCUAGGGACCUCCCUGGAGCCUCUUGUAAAGCUCUAAUCCCAUGAGGUGAAGCCCUCAUGACCUAAGCCCCACCUCCUAAUACCAUCAUCUUUGGGAGGCAGGAUUUCAUAGAUGAAUUUUGGAGGGACACAAACAUUCAGACUAUAGCACUUUGCAGUUCCAUUAUUAUUAUUGUUUUCUCUGUUGGUCCCCUGUUCUCUUUAUCCCUGCGGUAUCCUUACAGCUGGCAUCCCUUGGCGAUUCAGAGGGCCUUGUUAAAAUAUCUUGAAGGGCUCAUUGCUCUCAUACUUUGCCCUGUUAGCCUAGUUCUGGAUCUGCUUUGGACUAGCUGUGUAUUACUGGAUCAAAUCUAGGCUUCUUUCCAGGAAGUGGGCGACCAGGGCAGUCCAGAUGAAAAGAGUACUGACGAAUGCACUUCCAGCCCAGUAAAACAUGGAGAGGAAGAACCCAUCCAGAGAGGGCUCUAGAAGGCUCUCAGCCAAACUGAGCAAAGGCCCAGAGAUGAAAAAAGUGUCUCGUCAGCUCGGCGUGGCAGCUGCUGAGUCAGAUAAGGACUCUGGAUUUUCAGAUGGGAGCUCUGAAUGCCUGAGCUCGGCAGAGCAGAUGGAGUCUGAGGACAUGCUGAGCGCCUUAGGCUGGAGCCGAGAAGACAGGCCAAGGCCGAGCGCCAAGCCUGCGAGCGGUGCCUUCCCAACACUGGCCCCCAUGGUUGUCAUGAAGAACGUGCUGGUCAAACAGGGCAGCAGCUCAUCCCAGCUCCAGUCGUGGUCUGUGCAGCCCUCCUUUGAAGUGAUCUCAGCACAGCCCCAGCUCUUAUUCCUUCAUCCACCCGUACCGUCUCCUGUCAGCCCAUGUCACGCUGGUGAGAAAAAGUCGGACUCCAGGAACUACUUGCCCAUUCUCAAUUCUUACACCAAAAUAGCCCCACACCCAGGCAAAAGGGGCCUCUCCCUCAGCCCAGAAGAAAGAGGAGAAGGUGGAAUGCAGAAGAAGAUCUGUACUGAGAGACUGGGGCCAAGCCUGUCUUCUAGUGAGCCAACCAAGACUGGUGCUGGCCCACCCGGGCCCCCGACUCCAGCGCCCCCCAGCACCAAGCUUGCCGAGGACUCAGCUCUUCAGGGUGUGCCCUGCCUGGUGGCAGGUGGAAGUCCACAGACGCUUCAGCCAGUGUCCAGCAGCCAUGUGGCUAAAGCGCCCAGCCUGACCUUUGCUUCCCCCGCCAGCCCUGUCUGUGCGUCAGACAGUACCCUGCACGGGAUGGAGAGCAACUCCCCGCUGUCCCCGCUGUCAGCUAGUUACAGCUCCCCUCUGUGGGCUGCGGAGCACCUCUGCCGCAGCCCAGAUAGCUUCUCAGAGCAGCGGCAGAGCAAGCACAGGCGCUUUCAGAAUACCCUAGUAGUCCUACACAAAUCUGGUUUGCUGGAGAUCACUUUGAAAACCAAGGAGCUGAUUCGUCAGAACCAGGCAACUCAGGUGGAACUAGACCAGCUAAAGGAGCAGACCCGGCUAUUUAUCGAGGCUGCCAAGAGCAGGGCUCCUCAGGCUUGGGCCAAGCUGCAGGCGUCUUUAACAUCAGGGUCAGGUCAUCCUGGCAGUGACCUAGAAGCGUUCUCCGAUCAGCCAGACAUAUAACAUAGAAGGCAUAUUUUCCUGUUACUUGAGUGGUUCUUUUUAACUCUUUUACCGUCAUCUACUCCUGUUUCCCAAAGCUUAUGUAAGAGCUUUCCUUUUAAACUUAAACUGUUCAGGGGUUCACUUACGAAGCCACAUGCCAAUACCUGGCUGCUGUCUUAACCUGUGGUCUGUGCACAGUUUACCUUUGUCUCCGUUCCACUGAGGACCUCAGAUUGUCCUCGAGUCCCUCUUCCUUAGCCUGCAGGCACUUCGAUGGAUCACAGUGCAGAGCGGGAAAGAUGCUUGUGUGGGGCCCCUCUAGCUGUCACGUCCCACCAUCCCACUCACUAACCGUGAUCAGGGAUGCAGUGACGCAGACAAGCAUACAGAGUGACACCUGUCAAGCCAGGGAGUAGGUGACAUAAGGAGCCCUUCGUGGAUCUUCCCUUGGAGGUCUUAGUCACAGAGGAAAAUAUAAGAGGAGGGUGUUUCCAUUUUACGAGGCCUUGUGCCAUUCGGGAGAAACCUAAAAUGCUCUGGGCACACAUUGGUCCUCGGAUGCAAGCACUUAAUCACUUAAAGCUUUGUUUCUUUAAACUCGAAAGUCAAGGGGAAGGGGUGGUACCGUUAACUCGUACACUUUAAUCAUAAGCCAGAUUUCUGUUACACUGGUAGGUGAAAUAUUUCAGAUUUGUAAAGUAUGGAAUGGAUUUAGGACCAUCUGGAGCUACAGUUGAUGAACUGCUUUUUUGACUCAGAGUCUGAAGAAAGGAGAAAUGGCUAGCAUCUCUUGGUUGAGAGCUGGAAGAUUCUGAUAAUUUAUGCUUUUUUCUUUCUCUCUCUUCUUUUGAAACAAUGCAAAAGAAGAUUUUCUUAUAUGUGAAAAUCCUAAAAGAGAGCUUCAUGGUUCCCGAUUGUGUAAUACAAGUCAGCCCUCUGCUACCAUCUUUUUCCCCCCUUUGUUUUUACAAAAGAGGAAAGAAAUGAUUAUUAAGCUUGAUAAACUUUGAAUUAAAAUCAUCAUAAGGUUAUGACAUUAAGUCAACAAAAAAUUAUCCAUUUUCUUUCCACGUCCGGAGUUUUCAUUUGUCUUACGUCACGGUGACGUGGAGCAGUCUUCUGUGUUUCUUUCGUGCAUUGGAUUUGGCUGCAAAGCCAAAGGUGUAGUGGGUUAUGUGAAGUCCAGCUAGAAGUGGAGAGUGUUAUGAGACCUUGCAGAUGAUACACACCCUUUCAGCCUCAUUGUAAACUAGAUUUCUAAGUCGUAAAGUUGCCAGCUUUUUAUCCUCCCAUUUAAAACUUUCAUCCUCUUGAAAAUCUUGGUACCAAUUACCUUAGUAAGAAAUUCUGUAUGACCAAUUUCAUCUUUUCUGCAAGGAAAAUGUUCUUGAAGUUCUACCAAGGCCAGAAGCUAAUGCUCAUGCUUGCUGGGUAGUUGUAACUCUGAACAUAGUUUUAAAAUUACAAGGCUUCAGAUUGCCUGCAUUUUGUUCUCAAACACGCACAAUUUAGAUACGACCGAUUUAGAAGUGAACAACUCAGUAAAAUCUUCAGACUCUCCUGGUAAAUGCAGAAUUAUUACCUGCCAUUUGCUUUCUGAAAGAUUUCAAAAAUCAGAGCAAAUGUGUCUUUAAGCAGACUCUGCUCCUUUUACUAUUUUUCUCUUGGCCCACACCCUUUGCCUCCCCUGAAUCUGUGUGGUGCUGCAGGAACUCUGCUCUGCACGCCGUGCUAGGAAGCUUCCUUUCUGGCAGAGUAUGUUUGGCAGCAAAGCUCUAGAAACAGGUGCCUUCAGAGCAGCCUGGGCACCAGUCAUGAGUCUUACUGAGUCAAAAAUCUGAACACACUUGCUGAGAACCAAAUUUAUUCCUUCAGAAAAAACCCUCUGUGGAGCUUUAUGCGUCUUGGACUCUUCUUCCUAGAUUAAGGUUUGCAUUCCCUCCUGUCAGGUACAAGACGAUGAAAGCCGUCAUUGAUCCUCACUGCUGAGUGACAGGGAAAAGCAGCACCACUCCGCGGCUCUUCUCUGAUGUUGUAACUCAGUGUGGAAGUCUCUCUGGGCUCUUAGCAUGGGUGUUCUUUACCUAGUGGAGCAGUAAGCAGAUGAAGCCACUUAGAGAAGCUGGUCGUGGAAGGAGAGAUCCACUGAGGCUAGCAGACAUGUGGAGCCAGAAACCAGAUCGGCAAAUGGAGGAACCUCGGAGUUGACUGGAAGGAUCUCCGUGGGUUUCACGAGGCUGUAAGUAGUAGUGGUUUUAGUGAUGCGUGAUUUGAUCUGGUAUGAAGUUCUGUGGCAAAGCUGCUGUUUUCUAAAAGCCAUUCUUAGCUCAAACCAACCCUUAAGAGAAGUUUCGGCAGAUUGUGUUGGCAGUAUUGAAAGACAUCUAGAAAAAGCUGCUGAUUGAAUUGGUUAUGGGAAUGGAGUUUGGUGACAUUUGUAAUUUAAUACACUCAUUGCUUUUUAUCGAUUGUGGUAUUGUCUGACUUUACUAUGAUUCCUUCAGCAGAAAAGUAACUCUUGUGCAUAUAUUGAAGUGUUUUUCCAGCUAUGAAUUCUUUAGGGUAGAGAUUUAUUUACCAAAUGUGAAUUCCUUUGAGGAAGUAUGAAGUUUUGUAGAAAUUGACUGUGAAAUGUCAGAGAAAAAUAAAAGUCACUUACUUGAAAACUA